AUUCUCUCGCCAUCAACCAACACAUAUAUAAAAGAAAGAAACUUAGAGAGAGAAACGAAAGAGAUUUGAGAGUUUUGUAGAUAGAUAGAUAGAGGAAAGGAAGAAAAGUAAUAAAAAUGGCGCAAGCAGUAAUGGCUGCAGAACCACAGGCAUUGGCAGCAGCUGCAACAACCAUGGUUGCAGAAUCACUCGCUGCAGUUAACAUCAAUGAAGAUGUUAACAAGAAGAAUCGUAUUCAAGUUUCUAACACCAAGAAACCUCUCUUCUUUUACCUCAAUCUCGCUAAGAGAUACAUCAAGCAGUAUAAUGACGUUGAGCUCUCUGCUCUAGGCAUGGCUAUUCCAACUGUUGUUACCAUUUCUGAGAUGCUGAAGGCUAAUGGCACCGCUGUGGAGAAGAAAGUUUUGACAUCAACUGUGGGUUCCAAAGAUGAGAACAAGGGCCGUUUCGUGCAGAAGGCUAAGAUUGAAAUUGUUCUUGAGAAGUCUGACAAGUCUCCUUCUGCUGAUGCAACAACCGAGUCUGUACUUAAAAUUGAAACUAAGUCAGUAUCUGAUGAACCGAAGGAGAAGGGUGAAUUAAAUAUCGAAUCAGAAAAUGCUGAGAAAAAGGAAGGAUGAGUAGUCAGUUUGUGUUCUAUCAGUCCACAACUACUCAUCUCUGAAGGUCAGAUAUCUCUUACUGUUAGGCUAGUAUAUGAAGGUCAAGCAGUGUGUUGGCUUGUGGGUAACAUCUCUGAUGUUGCCACAGAAGACAGAUCUCUAGGAAGUAGCUGAUAAAAUAGGAUGGAUUAUUUCAUUUCGAAUCUUUCUGUUCAAUUCGUCAUAAGGAGUACCAUUUUAGCUGUAGUCAGUGGCAGCAUAUAAUACUUGUAGAAGAUGUAUGCAUGUACUCUGUUUCAAUUCUAAACAGUAAGAGGCAUUAUA